AUGGAGAGAAUGCUUGAUGCACGCAUACCUGCGGAUGGGCAGAGGGCUCCUCGGCAUCAAUCUGAUGAAUCUGGUGCUGAAAAUUCUAAUGGAGGACAUGACCGUUUCAGAGAUGGUCGUGGUGGUGGUAGGCGGGCUGGUCAUCAUGGCCAAGAUGGAGGACGAGCUCAUGGACGUGGUCAUGGCCAUCGAGUUCAUUUUGAUGAUGAAGAAUUUGAUAACUAUGGUCACGAAGAGGGGUCUGAUGAGAAUCCCUUUGCAAAUGAUGGGCUGCAUAGGCGGCGUCAUUAUCAUCGGCGGCAUGCUUAUCAUGGAGAUAGAGAGCAUCAUCAUGGACGUCGUAAUAGGGAAGACCCGGACAGCAUUGCUCGUGUCAAGUUGAGUAUCCCAAAAUUCACUGGAAGAGAGGAUGCAGAUGCAUAUCUUGAGUGGGCUGAGCAGUGUGAUCAAAUUUUUAGAGUGCAUAAUCUCUCUGAUCAGAGGUGUGUCAAUCUUGCUUCAGUAGAGUUCUCUGGUUAUGCUCUGACUUGAUGGAAUCAGAUACAAGUGAAUUAACUUGUGUUGGGCCUUGAACAUAUCAACACAUGGGAAGAGAUGAAGCAAGUGAUGAGAAGGAGAUUUGUACCAUCAAGCUAUCAGCGUGACCUUCGCAAUAGGUUACAAAUGUUGAAGCAAGGAAAAAGAUCGGUUGAUGAGUAUUAUAAGGAGAUGGAGCUGCUGUUAGUGCGGACUGGAAUUAGAGAGGAUCCAGAGUCAAAAAUGGCCAGAUUUUUGGGUGGUCUCAAUGAGGAAAUUGCUGGUUUUGUUGAGAUGUUUCCAUACCAUACUUUGCAAGACCUUGUUGAUCAAGCUAUGCGUACUGAAAGAAAAUUUCAGCAAGAGACACAUGGAAAAUCUUAUGCAAAUGGUGGUUUCUACAGCAUCAUCCCUACAAGUGUAGCAGCCCCAACUGUUGCUUCCUCAGCUACUACUUCCUCUGCACGUAGUAGAGAAAUUGUGUGCCACAAGUGCCAUGGUCGUGGACAUAUUGCUGCACAAUGUCCUAGUAGGAGGACCAUGAUUGUGAAUGAGAAUGGUGAAUGGGAAUCUGAAAGUGAUCGAGAUGAAGAAGGUUCAAGAUAUGAUGAGGAUCAUGAGAACCAUGAUAAUGAGAUCCAACCCGAUGAAGGUGAUAACAACUGCUUUAUUUCUCUUCGUGUGCUUAGUGUUACUGCUACAAAGGAAGAGAAUGGGCAGCAACACAAUCUUUUCCACACUCGAGGCAUGAUUAAAGAGAAGUUGUGUAGAAUUAUUGUUAACAAUGGAAGCUGCAACAAUAAUGCUAGCCAAGAAUUGGUUGAUAGAAUGGAGCUAAAACAACGGCGUCAUCCUAAUCCAUACAAGAUGCAGUGGCUGAAUGAUUGUGGUGCGCUGCGUGUGAGCCAUGUUGUGACAUUUCCUUUCUCUAUUGGGAGGUAUAAUGAUCAUGUGGAGUGUGAUGUGGUGCCUAUGCAAGCAUGCCAACUGCUGCUAGGAAGACCAUGGUUAUAUGAUCGUGAUGUUCAGAUCUUUGGAAGAACCAACAAGCUGGAAUAUGAGGAUGUCUUUCAAGAGGAGGUACCACCAGGGCUGCCACCCAAGAGAGGAAUUGAACAUCAAAUUGACCUUGUUCCCGGUGCUUCACUUCCAAACCGAGCUGCAUACCGCACCAAUCCGGAGGAAACAAAAGAAAUUCAGCAACAAAGAGCUAUUAAUAACAUCACAGUAAGAUAUAGGCAUCCCAUUCCUAGACUUGAUGAUAUGCUUGAUGAACUUAGUGGUGCAACAAUUUUCACUAAAAUUGACUUGAGAAGUGGCUAUCACCAAAUAAGAAUAAGAGAAGGAGAUGAGUGGAAGACAGCUUUUAAAACCAAGUUUGGGUUGUAUGAAUGGUUGGUAAUGCCCUUUGGAUUAACUAAUGCACCAAGUACCUUUAUGAGAUUGAUGAAUCACGUGCUUAGAUCUUUCAUUGGCAAGUUUGUUGUGGUUUACUUUGAUGAUAUAUUAAUUUACAGCAAGUCUCUUGAUGAACAUGUUAAGCAUAUCCAAAGUGUGCUUGCUGUCCUACGUGAGCAAAAAUUGUAUGCUAACCUUGACAAGUGCACAUUUUGCACCGACAAGGUAGUCUUUCUUGGUUUUGUUGUUUCAGGACAAGGUGUGGAGGUGGAUGAGGAUAAGAUCAAAGCUGUUCGUGAGUGGAUGCCUCCACAGAAUGCAAGUCAAAAAGAAGUGCCUUUUAAUUGGGGAGAAGCACAAGAGAAGGCAUUUGAAGAACUGAAGAUGAAAUUGACAACAGCCCCACUUCUUGCACUUUCAGAUUUCGGUAAGACAUUUGAAAUUGAAUGUGAUGCAAGUGGUAUAGGAAUUGGUGGCGUUCUUAUGCAAGAAAGGAGGCCGAUUGCAUACUUCAGUGAAAAGCUAAGUGGUCCAACUCUGAAUUACUCAGUUUAUGAUAAAGAAUUAUAUGCUCUUGUUAGAAGUUUGGAAACUUGGCAACACUGCCUUUUGCCUAAAGAAUUUGUGAUACAUUCAGACCAUGAAUCUUUGAAACAUCUUAAAGGCCAACUAAAACUGAACCGAAGACAUGCAAAAUGGAGUGAGUUCAUUGAGUCCUUUCCUUAUGUUGUCAAGUACAAGAAAGGGAAAGAUAACAUUGAAGCUCAUGCAGGAAGACUUAUGGUACAUUCGACCACAAAAUUUUGUCCAUUUGAGAUUGUCUAUGGGUUCAAACCUACUGCUCCCAUCGAUCUUUUGCCUUUGCCUAUGCAGGAACAUGUGAACUUUGAUGCAAGCAAGCGAGCAGAAUUUGUCAAGAAGCUUCAUGAUCAAGCUAAAGCAAACAUUGAGAAGAUGACCAAGUUAUAUGAGAAGCACGCCAACAAGGGUCAUAAGAAGAUGUUAUUUGAACCGGGAGACUUGGUUUGGGUGCACCUGCGCAAGGAUCGCUUUCCUGAACAACGCAAGAGCAAGCUGCAACCCCGAGCCGAUGGUCCAUUCAAAGUGCUUCGCAAGAUCAAUGACAAUGCUUAUGAAAUUGAUCUUCCAAGUACUUAUGGUGUGAGUACAAGUUUCAAUGUCUCCGACCUUUCUCCAUUCUUUGGAUUGAAAGAGUCGAGGACGACUCUUUUUGAAGGGGGGAGGAUUAUAUGA